CCCUGAGAAGUUGUGCCUGUCGCCUGGUCUUUGGGGCAGCCUCUCACACAUCAUCUCUUUUGCCGCAGCAACUGGGAAACUAACUCACCUGCAACCUCUCCAAAAACCAAAAUAACCACAACGUUUUGCUAACUGAAAUGGACACACAGAAGAGACCGGGACACCACUCGCGCUGCCACACCUGCAGACGAACAGAUAUGAGCCGAAUGAAGAUGAAGAAGAUGUCCUCGUCCAGUCGCGCGCUGCUCUUGGCACUGGCCCUCGCGCUCUACGUUGUGGAAAUGGCCUCGGCAGAGACGCUGUGUGGGGGAGAGCUGGUGGAUGCGCUGCAGUUUGUCUGUGAAGACAGAGGCUUCUAUUUCAGUAGGCCAACCAGCAGGGGUAACAACCGGCGCAACCAGAACCGUGGGAUCGUAGAGGAGUGUUGUUUCCGUAGCUGUGACCUCAACCUGCUGGAGCAGUACUGUGCCAAACCCGCCAAGUCCGAAAGGGACGUGUCGGCCACCUCUCUGCAGGUCAUACCCAUGAUGCCCGCACUAAAACAGGAAGUCCCAAGGAAGCAGCAUGUGACCGUGAAGUAUUCCAAAUACGAGGUGUGGCAAAGGAAGGCGGCCCAGCGGCUCCGGAGGGGUGUCCCCGCCAUCCUGAGGGCCAGAAGGUUUCGGAGGCAGGAAGAGAAGAUCAAAGCCCAGGAGCAGGCGGUCUUCCACAGGCCCCUCAUCAGCCUGCCCAGCAAACUGCCUCCCGUCUUGCUCGCCACGGACGACUCUCUCAACCACAAAUGAGCCGGCUGCCAGCCCUUUGCACAGACAAGAGGGAGAGAAAAAAAAAAAGACUAGGGGAUUAUAGCUUUGUCUCUGGCGUCAUUUCUGUGGCAGUCCUCUUUGACCUCCCCUGCCCUGUCCGAGCCCACCGAUCCCCCUC